ACUAAUGUGCUUGUAAUUGUGUGCAACAAAAAUAAUAAAAUCCUCCUAGUUGCCCCGUGUGGACGUAGGUUGCAGUUGGCGGCCGAACCACGUUAAAUCUUGUGUCAUUUAUUUUUCUGCAGUUGAUUCGUGAUUGUGUGUUGUUUCCGCGUGCGUUUAUUCCCAACAAGUGUUGUACCGGGUAUCUCAUCUUGUCGUUGGAGAUGGCAGAAGAGGGGAAGUUCCGAAUUGAAAAGUUCGAUGGUACAGAUUUCAGUUGGUGGAGAAUGCAAAUUGAAGAUUUGCUAGUUCAGAAAGAUUUGGACGUGGUUUUGGGUGACAAGCCAGAAAAGAUGUCGGAUGCAGAUUGGGCAGGUCUAGAUCGGAAAGCUAUGUCCGUGAUCCGUCUCUCGUUGACCAAGAAUGUUGCGUUCAACAUUCUGAAGGAGAAGACAGCGAAGGGAAUUAUGGACGCGCUGUCUAACAUACUUUUGUCAGUGGGCAUUAAGUUCGAUGAUGAAGUUCAAGCUUUACUACUGUUAUCGUCAUUGCCUGAUACUUGGUCCGGAACUGUUACAGCAGUUACCAGUUCAGCGGGACCUGACGGAUUCACUUUUGAGAAGAUUCGUGACCUCGUUCUUGGCGAAGAUGUCAGAAGAAGGAGUUCUGGUGAGUCUUCGGAAGAAUCACUAAAUAUCGUCAGAGGUAGAGGAAAUAACAGAGGUAGUGGGAGCAAGAACAAACGAAGGAGUCGAUCGAAGACUCGGGAUAGCUCAGGCGUAACAUGCUGGAAGUGCAAGGAGGUGGGACAUUUCAGGAAUCAGUGCCCGAAAGAGGAUAAGCAAGUGAACAUUGUUAGAGGCUCCGCGAGCGACGAGGAUUUGUUUAUCUGUUGUGCGGAGAGCAGUGUAGAUUCCUGGGUCAUGGAUUCUGGUGCUUCAUUUCAUGCUACCCACAGCGGUGAAGCAUUGCAGAAUCUAGUUGUUGGGGACUUUGGAAAGGUACGACUAGCAGACGACAGAGCUCUUGAUGUGACGAGCAUGGGUGACAUAGUGCUGAAGACCCCUGUCGGUUUCUGGACUUUGAAGGAUGUCAGAGUGGUUCCAGCCUUGAAGAAAAGUUUGAUUUCUGUUAGGCAGUUGGACGAACAGGGACACGAGAAGAAAAACGAAGUCCGAUUCACAGAGUCUUGUGGGCAGAAGAAGGUUUUCUAUGCAAGAAAGAAACCCAGAGCCACAGGUCAGACUCAGGAUGAACGAGCGAGGAAAGGUUCAAUGAGGCCAGUCAGAGGUAUCUGUGGCAGUGGGAGCACAGGUUUUGCUUCAGCCAAGGUUCUUAUAAGACAUUGGGUCUGGAGAACCAGUAUUCCAGCUGUUGAAACAUCUCCAGAAAAUUUCUUGCUCAGUAUGGAGAUUGUUUGUUCUCAGGAUGUUCCAGGAUCCGGCAGUGCGUGUGUGCAGUGGGAGCCGGUAGGGACCGAGGAUGAGUCAAAGGCAGUUCAAGCCAUGACUGAUGGGUUGAAACUCAGGAGAGUUUCAACAGAGUCUUCUCGAUGAUCAAGAAGGCUGGUGGCAACUAGAGGUGGUGGAAUUUUGAGUUCCGUUAUCAGAUUACAGAAGUACAUGUGCACAGUUGAAGCGCAGGUGAACAUUGUUCCGUGGCUUCANGCUAACAGGAAAUUGGCAGGAAGCUACCGAGAAGCUUACGGCUUAAUCAUUGUCUCCCUAACUAAUCUCUAUUUAAGAGAUACUAAUGUGCUUGUAAUUGUGUGCAACAAAAAUAAUAAAAUCCUCCUAGUUGCCCCGUGUGGACGUAGGUUGCAGUUGGCGGCCGAACCACGUUAAAUCUUGUGUCAUUUAUUUUUCUGCAGUUGAUUCGUGAUUGUGUGUUGUU